AUGGUCGAAUCGUCAAUGGAAUUGAAAAGCGAUCCACAAAUGUUUUUUCGACACACAAGAAUGACAGUGCCAAUCUUCAAUCAAUUAUUGGAAAUGAUGAGACCGUCCUUAUCUAAAAAAAAUCACGGAGCAUUAGUACCAGAAGAGAGACUCGCUAUAACACUUAGGUACCUCGCAACUGGAGACCAAGUAUUAUCAAUCGCCAUGGCAUAUCGCGUGGGACAGUCAACAGUAUAUAACAUCAUAAAAGAGACCUGCAAUGCUAUUUUCGACAUAUUAGCACCUGACUUCCUCCGACCACCAGAACGCGAGGAUUGGAUAAAUAUUUGUCAUGGCUUUUGGACAUCGUUUUGA